CCAAGGACUUCUGGCGACAUGUACAUCAUUCAAGGAAUAUCUUUCCACCAUUUGUUUUGUUAACGACAGCUAUUUUAAAGUUUUUUAUGACUAUCUUCUACAUCAUUUUGAGAAACUAAAAUUUAGUGUAUGUUAGUUUAAUUGCAGCUAGGAGCACUGGUCUGUGUGUAACCAGUGUUGAACAGCCACUACGUGUGUACAAAAACCGCAAGGCAACAUCGCUUUACAUGACAAUUCACCCAGUGCGCUACGCUAUUGUAUACGGAGAGCAACCCAACCCGCGCUGGAAUGGACCGUGAUACAAUGCCACAAUGCAGCCAGCAGAAAUUUACGAACAAAACUUGAUCCGUUGGACUGAGGAAGUGAAUUAGAAAAAGAAGAAGAAGAAGGGGUUUUGGGGGGCCAGUGAAUACCAGGUAGAGGGACCGCAAACUAACCCAACAUGGCGACUGUCAACCCGAUAAGUCAGGAGGAACGCUUUCUAACGGCGGUGCGUGACGGAGACGUGAGUUAUGUCGAACAAGUUCUGGAGAAUAAACUGGAAACCGGAUUGGAUAUAAAUCGCAGUGAUCGGAAUGGGAAAUCAGCACUUACCCUUGCUGUUUUACAAGGAAAUUUACUUAUCAUCAAGCUUCUCCUCAGUAAUGGCGCAAGACUAGGUGACGCCCUCUUGCGAGCGGUAGACACACAGUUUCUUGAUGCAGUUCAAUUAAUAUGCAAGCAUUCCGAGUCGUUACGGCCUAACACUCGGAAAGCAAUCAUCGGAUGUCAUCCUGAAAAUGACGAUUUUCACCCGGACCUGACUCCAAUCGUCCUGGCAGCCCACCACAAUAACUACAUGGUUCUAAAGACACUACUUAAGUACGGGGAAAGAGUUCCAGACCCGGAGUCUUCGGAUUUCCAACGGACGGAGAAGCACACCCUCCAACGGUCAGUCGGGACCCUGAACGUCUACCGUGCCUUAUCAAGCGGUUACUACAUCUCGCUGACCGCCCACGAUCCCAUCGGGAAAGCCUUUACGCUGUCCAGUCGACUGAAGGAAAUGAGCGAUAUGGAGUACGAAUUCCGGGCGGAGUACACGGAACUCUCGGAAUCGGUGGAGCAGUACGCCGCGGAUAUACUGGCACAGGCGCGUGACUCCGAGGAGCUGACGAGUAUAUUGACACAUGAUGCAACAGAACAUGAGCCAGAGGAGAGUAACUCCAACGAGAAAGCACUAUUUAAAGUCUUCCAUGCUAUUGCCUGCGAACAGAAAAAGUUUGUGGCCCAUCCCCACUGCCAGCAGCUACUUAUCAAACGUUUUUACGGGCAGAUGUCGUUCAUGCGUGACUGGUCUCUUUUCAAGCAGUUACUACUUUCUCUAGUCAUCAUGCUCGUGUAUCCAUUUACAUCGUUCGUCUUUAUUUUUCUGUCCAGCGGCAAAUUGUUAAACUUUUUGAGCACUCCAUACGUCAAAUUCCUGAUGGACAUAGCCUCCAGGAUGACGUUCCUCGUCUUCCUCCUUAUCACCACCAUCGUCCCUCCAUCCAUCACUACAGAAGAUAUCAUCACAGGUCAAGGGUCACCAGGACAGUUUAGUCAGGUCCCACUGGUCGUCAACAUCCUUAUACUGCUAUGGAUUAUUGGAAUGACGUGGGCGGAGAUUAAUGCCAUUUGGAAGGGGGGUGUGAGCUCCUAUUUGAGGGACGGAGCCAAUAUUCUUGACUUCGCCAUUUUGGCACUCUUCUGGUCGUACAUGGUGUUAACCCUCAUCAGUUAUUUACAGCUGGAGCGCUCCUACAAUGCAAACUCAGGAACCGGACUCCAACCAACGGGCAGUAUACUAUCAACAGGACCGAACACGGACCUACCAAUCACCACUCUAAGCCCAGUUAACCUAGACUCAUCAACCCCUAUUCCUCAGGUUGCUAACGUAUCCCUCUUAAAGGAUUACAUCUCCGGAGCCAUCAAUCUCACCGAGUCCCAAAUCGAUGGGAGCAUCCGAACCGAGCUGGACAGACUUCUGGAUGUUAUCCUUAAGGAUGUUAGCUGCGCUGGUGGUGAUACCUCCGGAGUUGAUGCGGAAAGCGAGGGUACCGAGGUGCCUGAUUUUGACCCGUUCCACCCCGCUCUUGUCGCUGACGCAGUCUUCGCAAUCGCUACCGUCGUAACCUUCCUUCGCCUUCUGAUUCUAACAGUCUCCAGUCAGUUGGUUGGGCCUCUGCAGAUCUCACUUGGAGGGAUGCUGUUUGAUAUUGGGAAGUUCAUUAUGGUGUUCAUUAUUGUAUGGUUUGCCUUCUCGCUGGGAUUGAACCAGAUUUAUCAAGCAUACCAGGAGAUCGAGUUCACACGGUGUGUUGCCGAGAAUGCUGAGGAUUGCAGGCCGGGUCCAUUUUAUGACGUUGGUCAGUCCAUGCUGACCCUGUUCUGGUCACUGUUCGGGCUUGAGAGUCUGGACAUCAUCGAUGUAUCCAUUGCUAAGCAUUACUUCACAGAGGCAGUGGGCAAGAUACUCUUUGCUCUCUACAUGAUGUUUGCCGUUGUGGUCAUGCUGAACGCUCUUAUUGCGAUGAUGAGCAAUACUUACACACGUGUUGAGGAAAACUCUGAUACCGAAUGGAAGUUUGCACGUGCCCGUAUGUGGGUUCAUUUCCUACACAUUGGCGGAACAGUCCCACCUCCCUUCAAUGUGAUCCCCACACUAAGUACCAUCAUCCGGGUUGCGAGGCGAUGCUACAGAAAGUGCUGCGUCACCAAGAGCCACCACAAUGGGAAAAGCAAACUAGCUGAGCAUGCGUACAAGAAAAUCGCCAAGCUACUCGCGGAGCGCUACAUCCUGGACCACUCGUCAUCCAGCGGUGGUGAGGCCGAGAAUACCGUGUCCAGGGCUGACGUCAUGGCCAUUCGUAAUGACGUAGCUGUAUUUAGAUACGAAACUUUCAAGUCUCUGAACGCAGCCGACCAGUCAUUUGAGAAUUUGCAAGACGUACUUGGAAACAUCAAAGUACAGUUGGCCAAAGUGGACGAUAUUGGCGCCAAGACAGAACAGCUCGACAAUAGCGUCAAAGACCUCAAGGAAAGAAACCGUGUUAUCAGAAACACCGUGGAUGGCAUGGCUUCAUCGCUCUUCCGCUCCCGUGCUGGGCGCUCUUUGGUCGGCCAGUGAUGAGCUGAAAACACGACUCCACUCCCCGGAGUUUCUCAAAACCAAAUCAUACAAAAACAGUGAAUUUUUUUUCAGUGAAUAAGUCUGAUUUCUUGAAGGCUAAACGUAACUUUUUUCUUCUGUCACCGAAACUGUCAUUUUUGGGUAAACUUUUUCGCCCACAUUCCAAAAGUGGUCUCUGAACUUUAAGACCAAAAUCAUAAAAUUUGUAAAAACAACGAAUGGAAAUUAACCUUUCGAAAACAUACCAACGACCUUUUUCAACUUGUACUUUCUAUUUUUCAUUGCAACUUUUGUCGAUUCUCAAAAGCUUUAUUGAUAACUUCACAAAGGAUUUAUCUCGUGUUAUUGGUCACUGUUUGUUUAGCAGCCACGCCACAUUUAUGAUCAACCUCGCUCACAUGGAAUUCUCCCCCGUCUUGAGAAAGGUAUGACGUCAAAUGGGGCGGUUAGAUCACCCAUGGGAACAAGGUUGAUCAAAGAUGUAUUGCCCUAUCACAGCCCUGAAAAGUAACACCUCAUUUGCAUACUCUGCGUUCGAAUGUAUGGAAAUCAAACUAAGCGGGGCUUAAAUGAUAAGCUGGUUGAAAAGGAAUUUAGAUUGGUCAAUUUAUCAAAACAGAAAGUAAACCAAAAAAGCGGAAAUCAAAAAAACUAAAAAAUGUUUUACAAAAAGACCUCAUUUUCAAUGCUACUUAUUCAUAUACUAACGUAACUUCUCUAGAUUUCUGACCUUUUUUUUUCUUUCUCCAAUUUUGAUUGAAAUUACCUAAGAAUUAAAUAUCUGAGUUUUUCAGAUUCUCUUUUAAAAUAAGUGUCUUUUUUAUAAUAUUGUAAUAUUGUUAACAUCGAAAAACUUGAUGUGAUUGUUUGUAUUAAACUAACAUUUUUGUAUAACGCAUUUUAGCACAUUUGGUUGGUUAAGGAUAUUGACAGAAAUAUUUACUAAAAACAAAAAUAAUAAUUACAAAUAACAACAGAAAUAUUUAACCCUAAAAUUAUUCUGCACGAUAAACUCAUUUAAACCAUCCGUUGUCAGGAAAUGUUGGUGUGGUUAAUGUUGAUAAGAUCAUAGGUUCCUCAAGGUUCAAUCAUUGGCCCAUCCAAUGUCAGAAAAACAAUCUAGCACUCGUCUGACAUUGCCCCCCCCCCCCAUUUGAUUCUUAAACAACCCGUUUUGCCGUGUGAGUUCCUCGAGGUUCACUUUUUUGCCCAAUGACACCCCUUUCUGUGUUUCUAUCAAAACACUGUUUUUGUAUGAACAGUUUCAGAAAAACAGUCUAGCACUAGUCUGACAAUAUUGCUCUCCAUGUGAUUCUUCAACAAUCCGUUUUGCCGUGUGAGUUCCGCAAAGUUUAGUUUUUGGCCCAUGACAAACAUUUCUUUGUUUCUAUCACUAGUUAUAAACAAUGUCAACUAAAAGUCUAUCAAAAGUUUGGCAUUGUUGCUCUCCGUGUGAUUGUUAAACAACCCCAUUUGCCGUGUGAGUUCCACAGGGUUCAGUUUUUGGUCCACGACACCCCUUUCUUUAUUUCUAUCAAAACACUGGUAUUCAUCAACAAUGUCAGAGAAAACAGUCUACCAAUAUUGAACAUUGUUCCCCAUGUGAUUCUUCAAUCAACAACCCGUUUGCCGUGUGAGUUCCACAGGGUUCACUUUUUGGCCCUUGAAAAAACAUUUUCCUUUUUUUCUAUCAAAACAAUUAGUUACUAAUAAACUGACGAAAUUGUUAAACUGCACUAAAGUAAAUGUAAAAAGUGAUAUUUUGUAAGUAUGUAAUUCUGUUCAGUUUUGUUGUUUUCAUAUUCUCUGUUGUUACCAAAACAAUGUUGUUGGUAUAAUAGCAUUGCAAAAUUAAAAAACCAAAAAUUUAAUGUUUUCUACAAAAUUAUUUAAUUCCAGAGAAUUGCACUGCACAGAUGAUACUCUUUUUUAUUUUUCAUUUUGUAAAAUGUAUUUUCCUGUACCUAUAUUAUUAUGUAUUUGACCGUGUAAACUAACUAACUAUUAUGUAAAUGACCAGUCAAUAAGCUCCGCCCAUAACUUAAGCAUUGACCAAUUACAAACUGCCGGUUGUUGCACGUGCUACCCACGUGGACACCGUUGAUUGACAGUUGCUGUCGUGGGCAGGGUUUACUGACUUGGCGAUGUUUUUAUUUUAUGUGUUGUCAGUCUCUUUAAAUGACUCCCACAAAACUAUAGUUACCAUUACUUGAUACUAAUGAAUUUUAUUUGGAAAUUAUUAACAUGUGUUGCUAUGUUUCUUUAACUUGAUUAUGUGAUAUUAAAAUGUUCGUUCUUUAUAAGUAACUGGAGUUUCAUGUUGUCGUAGAAUGAAUGAAAGUUGAAGGGAAGAGCAUGGGGGAACUUUGCGUUAAUGAUGCUCAAAAUUUGUAUCACUAACUUUCAUCUUGUCUUUUGUGUAUCUUUAAAGACAAUGGACACUAGUGGUUAUGGUCAAAGACUAGCCUUCACAGUUGGUGUAUCUCACAUAUGC